AUGCAAUUAAUUGAUCUCCUUUCGACCACUGGAAGUUACUGGCUUGGAGGUUCGAAUCAUGCUCUAAUGCCGCCUCGCGCUCCAGUGAAGUCAGGGUUACGUUGUUCGUCAUCAUCGGCACUUCGAACAUCAGUUGACGUGAUGUCCGAGGAUGUGUCGUACGUUAUUGUCAAGUACGACUAUAUUGCUCAAGAAGAUCAGGAGCUCACCAUAAGAAAGAACGAACGACUCCGUCUGAUCGACGAUAGCAAAAAUUGGUGGAAGGUACGGUAG